UAUUCGAAAACCCUAAACAACACCCAUAGCCACCAAAACUCACAAAUUGAUAAUGUCAGAAGUAACAUUAAGCGUUAAAAUUUCACGAUGUGGGGAUAAAGAAUCCAAAGCUGUCCUAGGCUAUGGGCAAGUUUCUCAGGAGUGCGGUGCGAUUGAUGAGUGCUGUUGGGUUGAACGCAGAACUAUUCAGAUACAAGAUAACAUAUGGCUUGAAGGAGAUCCUGGCUUCCCAAUACUAGAACAAUGCUUCCCAAAACUAAGGACACUGGAGAAUACGGUUGACAAAAAAUACGGAUUGUGUUACACCAAGAAGAGGACACGCAACAGAAUGAUGAUGUCUGAUCUACCAGAUGAUUUGUUAGAGGCGAUACUAUGUCGCAUUGAGGCUACAUCUCUGAAACGGUUACAAUCUACUUGCAAACGAUGGAACCAUUUAAUCAACAAUAGGAGAUUCACAAUAAAACACUUGGAAAAAGCUGCAAAGCAGUCUCUGAGUCUCAUGUUGAAUGCGAAUGGGGUGUACUCGGUGAGCAUCAACCUCCCUAGAUCUUCACCUGUAGAGGUCACAGAAAAAAUUGACCUGAUCUAUCCUCAUUCAAGUUUAGAUGAACGCAUGAUCUCUGAAUACUGUCACACUGACGGCUUAUUGUUAUGCGUCUGCGUUAACGAUGUGUUUGGUUUCUCUAACAUGUCUAAUGAAGAUGCUAGGUUUGUGGUAUGGAACCCGUGUACUGGUGAAACCAAGAGCAUCCAACCCAGAUAUCCUUCCACGCUAAGCCACACCUAUUCUCUUGGAUCCUACAAAAACAAAAAAUCCAACGAUAUUAGCUACAAAAUAUUGAGCCACACGGGUUGUGGCAAAAACCAAGAAUUCGAUAUCUACGAUGUUAGCUCUAAUUCAUGGAGGACUCUCGAUGUCACUUUGGACUGCAAGUUUGAGUUCUUUAGUAACGUGUCUUUGAAGGGAAAGACUUAUUGGUUUGCAUCAGAUGAAAAAGAGAAACAGCUCGGCAUAUUCUUAGUCAGUUUUGACUAUACAACUGAAACAUUUGGACGUCUUAGUCUUCCCUAUCAGCAUCCUAGCUAUCAAACAAUGUCUCUAUCUGUUGUUGGAGAAGAGAAUCUUUCCGUGUUAUUACAACACAAAAUUUCAUCGAAGACAGAGAUUUGGGUGACAAAUAAGAUUGGUGAGACUAAAGUGGUGUCGUGGAUCAAGGUCUUAGCAGUCGAUUUAAAGCCUGGGCUUGAUACUUAUCAUUGCAUAAGUUUCUUGGUGGAUGUCGAGAAGAAAGUCCUAGUGUAUAGUGCAUUCGUGGUAGGAAAAAACGAACACGUGGAAUACAUCGUCGGGGAGGACAAUGAAGUUAGGGAAGUGGCCCUUGGAAUCGAGUAUAUUCCAUUUUUUCUGAAUUACGUUCCAAGUUUGACACAAAUCGAGCUACACGCAAACCUUUGUAUUUAGGAAUUUCGU